AUGGCGCAGAUCCCUCAGGUGUGGCACACCCAGGAAGAGAAAGUGGACCUGGAUAUAUUGGUGGCUGUUGGCAGCCAACCCGAGUGCUCUAUCUGCUACAACACCUACGACAACGUCUUCAAGACGCCCAAGCUGCUGGACUGUGCCCACACCUUCUGCCUCGAGUGUCUGUCACGCCUCAUGGCCAUUUCACUGGGAGAGCAGGAAGGAGGAGGCAGCAGCAAGAUCCUGUGUCCCUUCUGCCGCCACCCCACCCUCCUUACCAAGGAGGGUCCCCCGGCCCUGGCCACCAGCAGUGAGGUACUCUGUAAGCUGCCCAGCCACCAGCAGCACGAGGAGCCUGUGUGGCUGGACGGAGAGAAGCUGUGCUACAAACGGGCCCUGGAGGCCAGCCCCGAGGCCUCUAGCUCCACCUCGACCUUCUGCAUCUGCAUCGACAUAGGGGCCAGCAAAGCAGGCGAGGUCCCGGCUCAGACACGCCCCCACAACAUGGCCUUUAUGAGGCGUCUGACCAGCUGUAAGCGGCUGCUGCUCUUCAUCAUGCUGAUGGUGCUGCUAGUGGUCAUCGUGCUGUGGCCCCUGCAGUGCAUCGUCACCACGGGCAACAUGCACUGCAUGCCUCGCUCUGUGGGCUCAAUACAAGGCUCCAUCACCACCACAGCUACCCCAUUCACCAGCAUACACCAUUCCACAAAGGGAGCCUUUCAUUAA